AAUCCGUUCAACAUUGACGUCCAACCCAAGUCCAACCUUUGGGAAAUAGACAACUUUGAUCUCGCAUACCAGCAACUUGUGCUGUUCGCGCUAACUUCAAGUUAAUUGUUAUUAAAAGCUUGCAAUCUAACUUAGACCUCAGAACCGAAACACUUUCCCCACCCUUGAUUCCUCGAUUACCCCAUAACGGCCACACGAUGUCUUGCCCACAUCUUGGUGAAUUCAAGCAGUUACAGCCUCCCCGACUAUCACAGUCUGUUCACCGUGAGGAGUGCACGCAGUGUUUCGACAAUCAGGAUCAACCGCUCGGCGUUGACGUCUGUCUCACAUGUUUUACUGGAGCUUGCCUAGAUCGUGACAGGCACCAUAUGCGCACACAUGUCUCUAGAACUGGACAUUCAUUUACGUUGAACGUGAAACGCAAACUGAGGCCGUCAGCGAAUCGAACUGAAGAUGAGGAACCUCCUGCAAAAAUAACAAAAUUAGCCAUCAUUGAAGAUCGUGACGAAGAUAAAUUCGAACAUCGGACUGUUGUCAAAUGCUGGAAAUGCAAUCCCGAGACUGGUGCAGAACUUGCAGAUGCUACAUCGGACUCUCAUGUCAAGAGCCUCGUGGAUGGAGUCAUGCAUUCUCUCUCAUCUGCUCGUCAAUCCGAAGUCAAGGCUUGGGAGGAGGAGAUCACGCCUUGCGAGCACACGCUCACGCUAGAGCAGCUUGCUACUGGACACAUUUCUCCGUCAGGUCUUGCGCAUUGCAACAAAUGCGAUCUGAAGGAGAACCUCUGGCUGUGCCUUACCUGUGGUUCACUUGGUUGUGGUCGACAACAAUUCGGUGGACUAGGCGGCAACGGACACGGACUGCAACAUUUUGAGGAAACACGGCAUCCUGUGAGCGUCAAGCUCGGGACUAUCACACCGGAGGGUAACGCUGAUAUCUACUGUUAUAUCUGCAAUGACGCGAAGCUCGAUCCUGAGCUCGCCACGCAUCUUUCUACGUUCGGGAUUAACGUUCAAACCCAAACAAAAACUGAAAAGUCUAUGACCGAGCUUCAAAUCGAACACAACUUGAAGUUCGACUUUUCACUUACUGGCGAAGACGGAAAGGCGCUAGAGCCCGUCUUCGGCCCAGGACUUACGGGACUUGCAAACCUGGGGAACAGUUGCUACAUGGCAUCUGUCCUACAGACAGUGUUCUCACUUCCGGCUUUCUAUGAGCGAUACCUCUCUCCUGCUCAAGAGCACUGGGAGUCUUGUCAUGAAGCACUCCCGGCCGAAUGCAUUGAGUGCCAGGUAUACAAGCUCGCUGACGGCCUUCUCUCUGGUCGAUACUCCCAUCCUCGGCCCGUGCCAGGCAAUUCUUCGGCACCCCAAGCUCAAGCUGAUCCGAAAGCGAUCAACCCUCUCGCACAUGACUCCCCGACGCCCGUUUUCCAGGACGGCGUUCGUCCAAGUAUGUUCAAAGCGCUCAUUGGAAAAGGUCACGAAGAGUUCUCCACGAUGCGUCAACAAGAUUCGGAAGAAUUCUUCACCUACUUCCUGAAUGUUCUCCGUCGGCAUUCAAAGAAGACAGGCCGGGUGCGCGACCCGACGGAGGUGUUCAAGUUCGGGAUGGAGCAGAGGUUGCAGUGUGGUGACUGUAAACGGGUCAGGUAUAGAGUGGAUGAGGCAGAUGUUGCGAGUGUGCCUGUGCCGAAACGCGAGAAGGGAACUGAUCAAGAGGGGAAGACAAUAUUUGAGGACGUUGCGCUGAAGGAGUGCCUGGAUAUUUUGACCGGUGUCGAGGCGUUGGAGUACACCUGCCCCUCGUGCGAGAAGCGGGUCAUCGCGACAAAACAGUCAAAAUUCGCUACUUUCCCUGAUGUGCUUGUUAUCCAUGCCAAGAAAUUCCAGCUCGUGAACUGGGUACCAGCGAAGCUGGAUAUACCCGUGAUCCUGCCUGAGGAUGAUAUCAUCCAACUUGACGAGUACCUCGGUACUGGGUUGCAAGCGAACGAGGUCGCGCUUCCUGAAGAUAAGAUUGCUGCGCCUGAUUUGCCUCAAUUCAACGAAGUUGCCAUGGCUCAACUGGAGGCGAUGGGAUUCCCAACUAUUCGUUGCCAAAAGGCUCUUCUAGCUACGGGAAACGAGGACCCCAACGCUGCAAUGGAGUGGCUAUUCCAACACAUGGAGGAUCCUGAUAUCGAUGCCCCCAUCCAGCUCGCAGGGUCCACCCCGUCAGCAGCUGAACCUUCGGCCGAACAGGUCAACAUGUUGGCUGACAUGGGGUUCACUACCGCACAAGCUAAGAAGGCACUCCGUGAGACGGGUGGGGAUGCUGAACGUGCCGUCGACUGGCUCUUCUCCCAUCCAGAUGACAUGGGUGAAGAAUCUGCACCAAUUUCAUCAGCUCCAGCCGAACAAGCCGGCCCUGGAGGCUCAAGCACCCUCCCCGCGAGGUACAGGCUGAAAGCUUUCAUUUCUCACAAAGGUCCUUCCGUGCACUCUGGGCACUACGUCGCUCACAUUCGCAUUGAUAACCCGAACGUUGGUGGGGAGGCUUGGGUACUCUUCAACGACGAAAAGGUCGUCAAGGCUGACGCAGAGAGUGUUCGUGACUUGAAGAAACUGGCGUACUUGUACGUCUUUGAAAGGAUCUAAGAUAGACUGUUUGUUGUCUUCAUGCUCUCGUCUGUGUUGCCUUGCUGUUCUCGCAUCACGUGAAUCGAGACUUAGUUGUUGUCUUACUCAAUGCCGCAAUGUACAGUACGCAAUGAUGUGUGUAGCAAUUUGAAUGUUUACGUUAGAACUGACAUAAUGUGGAUUUCCCCCAAACCCUGGUCGGCAGUGG